AUGAACGCCGUGACCGCCCCUGGUUCGUACCACGACAUACUGGGAAAAACGGUUAUCCGACCGAUAGCGUUCAAGCCGUUGGGCGGGCGGCUCUCUGCGGGCGGGGAGCGAUAUGGGUCUACUCCAGUGUUGGCAAGUCGUCCACCGUCACUUAUGACUCUAUAUGGUAGUUCCUCAGACGUCCGAGAAGCUCGUUGGUGUGGGUCACCACAGCCAGCAUCGCUGUCCGCCUUGCCACCUCCUCCGCUCUCCGCACCACUUCAUCAAAGGCAUCACUCCGCUAUAGUAACAAAGUCCAGUGGCGGUCUAGUGGACAGCAAGGAGCCAGUGCCUGCUCCUUCACCAGCUGACUCCGGAGUCUCCGAACUUGAGAGGGAUCAGCAUGAUUAUAGUACAACAGACCGCUUCCGCAACCACGACGCACGGCUACGCGCUCCUCGACUCAUGCUGCAGACGUACGGCGGGAGAACGAGAGACGAAAGAGACAGUGAACUGGCCAGAGUUAGGAGAGAUAGAGCGCUCUUGAGGCAGAGAUUAGAGGAUACAGAAUGGAGUCUCUGCCAACGAGCUGGAGAGAUCGCUCUAUUGAAGACUCAGCUCAAGGAUGCUCAGAACGAACAAACUACUAAAGGUCACGAGUAUCUCACACUCAAAGCCGAUUGCCGCCAACUCCGUGAAACCCUUGACAAAAAAGAAAAAGAGAUCAUGAGACUCCGAGCGGAAUCAGAAGACAAACAAAAAACAAUAAAAAGACUGCAAUCCGAAGUCGACAGACUGGCUAAAGAUCUAAAAGACAACGUCACUGACCUGAACAAGAAUAAGGAGUCUAGCAAAAACGAAAUAGACAAGUUGAAAACUGAAUUGAAGGAACUCAGACAAGAACUGUCUGACGUGUCUCUUAGUGGAUAUGAGGGAAUCGAUUGUGGAAGAACUAUGAGGGGCAUUUACGAAGUCUGCAAAACAGAAUACUGGUCAGCAAACGACAGUGCGCUGGACGCCGAAGUACAAAGACUUAACGGUGAACUCCCCGACCCGUGCAACGAAGCCUGCCCAGCCAGCGCAAUGGUAGACAGGCUGAAAUGUGAACUAGAAUCUAAGGAAACCCAAUUCAACAAUGAGAGAAGGAAAUGGUCAGAGGAAAAGGACAAAGUGCUCCGGUACCAGAAGCAAUUGCAAAUGAACUAUGUACAAAUGUUUAAACGCUCGCGCACCCUCGAGGCGGAGAUCGAUGGGCUGAGAUUGGAAUUGGAACUUUGUAAUAAAAACAUGAAGAACAUGAACCACGGGAAGACCAUUGAGUUGUAA